CUCCCAUCUAAUAUCAUAAUUCAUCAAACAAAUUUGCAGCUCCCUUCUUAUUUGAUAUGAGUGACCUUUUUCAUCAACACAACGAGCUAAAGCAUUUGAGGUCUUUGGCGUCUAGCGGAAUGCAUCAUGUCUAAUUAUGGGAAGCAGAAAUGGAAUUUGAUUAAGGAAACUGGUCAAGGAGCAAUUACUUUUGUCAUCCUGCUCGUGACGGAGAUUACAUUUUGUGCAACAGCAUCGUUUGACGUCCAUGAUGUGUGUCCUCACGUGACCAUGACGUCUUGUCCAACCAUUACUCGAGAGAAUGGCGACACUGUGCAAUACAUACCGAAACUCCUAACACCCGAUCUGGAUUGGAUAACUCAAGAGAUAUCCAAAGAUCAUCAGAUUUCUGAGGACGCUCGUCAUUAUUUUUGCACUGAACCAGCAUGUCUUUCGAACCCUUGCCUGCAUGGAGGAACUUGUGAGGAAACAGAAAUUGGAUUCUCUUGUAUCUGCAUCAAUGGUUACCAGGGUAACAGAUGCGAGAAUGACAUGAAUAUCCUGUCUGUAAAGCUUCUUGGUGAUAAUGUAUCCGAGGGACCACUAGCUCUGACAUCCCGUCCGCGCUCUAACACGUAUGUCUUGAUACAUCAACAACAAUGGAACAUGAAUCUUUCUCAGCUGGCAUGUCAGUACCUAGGUUUUGAAGGAGUAUUUGCUACUGUAAGUGGUGCGGUGUAUGAUUUCAUCGCCCCUUCUGAGGUUGUAUCAGUGGUGUGUCCUGAUGACGUCAUGAACAUAACUGAGUGCUGGUACGAGACUAGAGUUGGUGGAAUCAACGAAAGCGAGACUAUAGCCGUAAUAUGUUGCCCUGUGAACUCCUGUAAUGUAUCUGGUAGACCUCUUGGCCUUGAAAGUGGUGCGUUGCCUGAUUCGGCAAUAUCUGAGUCGGGUUGCUAUGGAACUGGUAACCUGUACUGCGGUCGUUCUGGUCGGUUAAACGCUCUGUCUACCUGGAUUCCAUUCUAUUCCAAUGAGUAUCAAUGGAUGCAGGUCCAAUUCGAGUCCAGUUAUAUCAUAACGGCUGUAACCGUUCAGGGAAGGCACAACGCCUAUCAGUGGGUCACAUCAUUUGUCGUUUCUUCUAGUCUGGACACCAUUACUUGGACUGAUUACCUAAAUGUGUACUCUGGAUCAGUCGAGGUAUUUCCAGGAAAUUAUGACAAAGAUAACCACGUGACUCAAAUGUUCAUUAGACCAAUCGCUGGGCGAUCUUUUCGGAUUAAUCCAAAGACAUUUUACGGACAUAUAGCGAUGAGGAUGGAACUAUUUGGGCUUGGACCUGUAACAGAUAUCAUAGCGGCACUCACCGUCGAUGGAAAACAUGGUUGCCGUCCUCUGCGAGGUGAGGGACUCGGCGUAGAAGACGGUGGUAUACCAGACAGCAGUUUAACUUCUUCAUCAGUCUGGGGAGCCGGACAUGAACCGUACAGAGGAAGACUUAACAAACCUGAAAUUUCAGGCAGUGUUGGGGCAUGGGUCGCCGUAGAUGCGGAUAGCAACAAAUGGGUGAAAGUUGAGUUAAACGAUGAAACUUUGGUUACUGGUGUAAUCAUUCAAGGACGAGCUAGGGAAGCAUAUGGUCAAAUGGUCACGUCAUUACAUAUCUCAUACUCCAGGGACAAUACCAAUUGGAUCUUUGCACUGGAAGACCAAUGUGGCGUGAGGAAAACCUAUGCAGGAAACUUUGAUGCCAACUCGUAUGUGACGAUAUUGUUCCCUCAUCCUGUAACUGCUCGAUUUGUCAGAUUUCAUCCUGUAACGUUCCAAAAUCAUGCGUCAAUGAGAUUUGAAGUACUCGGUAUUAACAACUAAUCUAGUUUAUAACCAUAACUAAUUAUUCUUUAAUCGCCAAUACCUAUUUGGACACUUCUCAGGCUCUCCCUGAAAUAUGCAUACCCACUCCUACACACGUGCUUGCACUCUUAUUGAAACAACAUCAAAUGCAUAGAAACAAUACACACACCGACACACACACAUGUCAGUGGGGGACUCGGUUUGGUAGCUAAUGUGGGGAUGUGUGUGAGUGGUGCCAUGCACUCGAUUUCCUGAAUUUAAUUACACAAUCCGAGCUAAAAAAACCCCUAAACAUACGCGUUACUUCCCGAAAUUCGACCCCAUACAUACACACCUAUUUAAAGUAGUGGUCACACCGCCAGAACUUUGCUGGAGCGGUUCUUGAACGGUAGGGAGAGGGGGUCGAAUUUCGAUAACGCUCGUCACCGCGCGUAAAAUGGGGAGAGAAAAAUCGAAAACACGCGGGCGUUGCCUUAGCGGUGCACCGCUAAAGCCGGCGUUAUUGAUUUAAUGUCCAGGGGGUAGAUGUCCUAGAAUCGUCGGGCGUUGAAUAUAGCGAUUCACUGCGGUGAUGAACUUUGGUUUGGCGUUGGUAUGGAGGUUUCAUCGCUAAACCAACGCUAAAGCAACGCUUGCUUUAGCGGUGCACCGCUAAUGCAACGUCCGUGUUUUCGAUUUUUUCUCCCCAUUUUGCGCGCGGUGACGAGCGUUAUCGAAAGUCGGUCGAAACUCCAACCUGAAACUGGACAAAACUUUUUUGUAAACUGGAACAGAAUGAGUACCUUACUUAACGAUAAUUGAUGCGAAUGCAAAACGAGGGCCAAAAUUUGUGAUAUUCCAACCAGAAAACUGGACAUUCUAAACAUUUUUAUAACCAUGAAGAGGAUUAGUACCAUACUUUACAAUUCAUGCGAGCGCGAUCCAAAAUUAUGCGAUUUUCAAAUCUAAAAUGUAUUAUGUUUUACUAUGAAAAGGGUAUUUCUUUUUGAAAAGGGUAUAUUUCAUUUGGAAAAAAGGCAUUUUCGAUUUUGAAAAGGGGGCAUUUUUUCCUGAAGGGAAUUUUUAGGGGGGGGGCAAGAGAGCACAAGUUGACAUUUUCAAAUGCUGAACUAAAAUAGGGAUUAAAACUGCCUGCAAACUCGUUAGUUGAGAAGUCCAGACAUACGAUCUAACGUUUCAGCUGGGCUGGCUGUGCACAGCCAAAUCUCCACUGCAGGCCCAGGCAGCCGUAGGCACUGGCCCCCGGCGCGGCCCUGGCAUACACACACAGCUAUUGGAGGUCUGAGGCUGCCUCAUACCGGUACUCAUAGAUCUAGACUAGUCAAUGCAAAGCUGUAUCUGGCAUUUUGGGUAUAAUAAUGCCUUUGUGCCAACAUAUUAUCAAUUUAGGCAUACAUAUUUAUGUUGUCCAGGGUUAUUAAAGGAUCUGCAUUACAUUUUGGUAUUUUCAUGCAUCCGGUAAUAAAUCAUGCGUCCAGUAAAAAAAAUCAUGCGUCCAGUAAAAAAAAUCAUGCGUCCAGUAAAUAUUUUCAUGCGUCCAGUAAAUUGAAUUUACCGGACGCAUGAAAUUAUCAUGCAUCCGGUAAAUCAUUAAUUUUUGUGGUUUAUUCAAUAAUUUUUUUCCAUUCUAUAAAACAGAUGAUGCAUGGGUUUCUUUCGUGGGUCAGUGGAACUGUGUGCACGCGGUAACUUUGGCAUUAUGGUCUAAACCCACUCGGCUGCGCCUCGUGGGUUAAACCAUGCCAAAGUUACCUUGUGCACACAGUUCCUACUGACCCACUCUAACCCAUGCAUCAUUUGUAUAUUAACUGAUAUUGCAGUAUGAAUAUUCUGCCUAACCAGCCAAAUUUGUCGCCCCAUCUUUUUUACGCCCUCACACGUUUCUCCUCCCCCCUCUCUCUCCAUUCCUCUUUUCUCGCCUGUUUAAAACAUAUCAGACCCCCCCCAAACAAAAGGAAAAGAGAGAGGGAGAGAGAAGUUCUACCACCAC